AUAUAUGCUAGUGUGAACAAGAAAUGCAAUAACACAAAUUAAGGUUGCAAGAUUCCAAAAAACCUGAAACAAAAACUACAGGAUCUUCUUAACUAGGAGUUUUGUUUAAAAUGGUAUCUACGUAUGCUCUCUUUGUUGUCAUACGCUCCACUUCUGCCAAAAACUAGAUCCGAAGAUACAAUUCAAAGUCUAGGCCCUUUAACCUCUCUUUCUCUUUCUGAUCAACCAGAGACAUGGAAGCAGGGAUUCUUUGGCAAACUAGAAGUCCUACUCCAUCCCUGCCGCGACAGCCGCGUGGUUGUAAGAUCAAAUAUCACUCUCCUGCUAUUCUUGCAGUUCUUACAAGAGCACCGGAUAAUAACAUGACUGGAGUAACAGAGAAAAGGAAAGCUUCAAAUCGGACAGACAAGUUAACAGGACUUACGAAAAAGACUAUCUAUAAUGAUAGCUGGUUUGCCGAGCUAGCGAUAAACUAUCUAUCACAGCAAUUUCAAGAUGCAACAGGGUUAAGAAACAGCAAGAGAGGUUAUGAGAGCUUGGCGCAGACAGCUACAGAUACAUGGCAGAAAUUCAGUCCAAUUCAACAACACGGGCUUGUGCUUCAAUCUCUUAAUCGAGCCAUCCCCAGACUGAUCUUGAACAUGAUAAAGAUAAUGCUACCAGAGUCCACGUUUAAAAGAGAAUACUUUGCGGCCUUCACAACCUUGUUCUUUGCUUGGCUAGUAGGACCCAGCGAGGUGCGGGAAUCCGAGUUCAACGGAAAAAAGGAAAAGAAUGUAGUCCACAUAAAAAAGUGCAGGUUUUUAGAGGAGACAAACUGUGUUGGGAUGUGUACCAAUCUGUGUAAGAUUCCGAGUCAAACAUUUAUCAAGCACUCCCUUGGAAUGCCAGUUGACAUGGUUCCUAAUUUUGAUGAUAUGAGCUGUGAGAUGAUAUUUGGUCAGGAGCCUCCGGCAAUAACUGAAGAUCCAGCAUUCAAACAGCCAUGCUAUAAACUAUGUAAUAAUUCAAGUCAUCCUCACAUAAGCACAUGCUCGUGCAUCCUUAAUUCCACCAUAUGUUUUGGCUUAAUGAACAAAACAAACACAUCCAAUCUGGCAGCAGAUUGGCCAUAUGUGGAUCAGAAGAACUUUUGAGUGUUCUAAAAGGCAGUCUACUAAUUGAGAACAAUAAUAUCAAAGUUCAGAAAAUAAAAAAGGAAAGUCGUUUCACACUCACACAAUCCUUGUGUAUUUUGCAGGUAAAGCAAACCGAAAGCACAUUAUGAAAUGCUCAAGUUAACAUGAAGACGCAAGGAAGGAGGAGUUCGUUUUACAAUAUGAACCUUUUGUCCUGACAACUAAUUGAGAGAUAUUUCUUUCAUACUGUAUACAAUUCAGAAGUUCAUGACCACUUGUACUAAGUCACAAUAUUGUAAUGAUUUUUUACUUAUUCAAUAUACCACUGAAGAAAUGAGAGACAA